AUGGAAGAGACGCGCUCCCCCAUCACCCCUGAGCCGAUGCGACCUCCACCCUUACAGCCGCCGAUGCGGCCAGCCAACCCUUCGGGCGGCUAUCUACCUAAAUCGGAAAAUCAGCUCAGGCAUGGCUGGGUCGAGCAGCAGCGCAGGCUCAACCAAACCACAUAUGAACUCCACAGAGCCCGGAUGGACAAUAAUAACCUGCGAUCGGACCUCUCUGACCAAAUUCAACUUUGCCGGGCUAUGGGAGGCGAGAACCAGCAGCUUCGUAUAAGGCUACAGAAAGCGGACGCCGAGCUGGAAGAACUUCGCAGGGAGAGCCACAAGUUUUGGAUAGAGAUCUCUCGCCUGCGCCAGGACCGGAAAACAAGCCAGGCGGGUUGGCAGGACCACCGCGCGGCUGUGAGCUGCCCCGCAGGUGGAGAUGUCGGGGUGUCACUAACGAGCCUAGCUAGCACGUUGAAGGAGCUGGAGCGGAGGGCAGAGUACAUAAACUCGGCUCUGGAGGUGGCCUUGAAGGGUUCUGGCAAGGAAGAAGGUCACUCAAGAUGA